AUGUGGAGAAAAGGGACGAUACUUUGGCUGCUCUUUCUCCAGCUCGCUGCUGCGCGGAGAAGAGAGCCAAGUCCAACUCGCUGGGUCUCGAGCCACAUUCGUCGACAGUUCAAAAAGCUGGAGAGGCGACUCGACGAGUCUGACCUCAAGUUUGAGCAGCAAAUGGCGCAGAAAGACAGCGAAAUCAAAUUGCUCAAGGAUUCGCUUGACAAACUCGUUCAAAGCUCAAAAGUCCAGGACGAAACAAUUAGUAUAUUCACAAUUCGAUUAUCUGAUGCUUCCGAUACAAUCACAAACCAGGACUUGGAAAUUCUAUCCUUGAAGAACAGACUCGUCCAAUUAGAAAACUAUUACAACUUCGACCUGACAACUUUUGCCUCCAGUUCUGCUUCGAAUUCAGCAGCUUCGGCAAAUGAUGUCGCUAGAUUAGAAGAAUUGAUCGAGAACAAGGAGAAAUCCUUUGUCAAAACUAUCUUAGAAUUAUACUCCGACCUGGGACGCCAUUCUGACCAGCUUGCCUUCCCAGUUGACCGAAGCAGACUGCCGAGAAUUGCCCUGAAGUCAAGGAGGAAAUCGCUGAUUUCAGAGACCGAUGUCAGUAGCAGUUCCGAUGCGAGAAUUCUCCUCAUCGGUGGCAUUUCAAAGUACGAGGACGAAAUUCACACACCUUUUGAAACCCGUCGAAAAAGCUCGUUCAUCAGAAGAGAUUAUGUGUUUUCUAUGGAUCCGCUUAUAAACUCGACGGUUAUGACUCAUUCCUUACCAGAAGCGAGAGCUUAUCAUUGCAGCGUUCUACUAGAAAAUCGAGUCUACGUCCUGGGCGGGGAAGGGAUCGACAAAAAGAUACUGAACUCAAUGCUGGUCCUGACAGACUGGGGAUGGGACAGAGCCAAAGAAAUGAAUCUUGAGAGAAAGCGCCUUUCUUGCGCCGUGUUUCGCGAGCGCAUUUGGGCUUGUGGCGGCACAAUGACGUACCACCGGAGGAAGGAAGCUACCUCCAGCCGCACAUCUGCCAUUACAAUUCCUCAUAAAACUUGCGAAAGCUAUCACCCACAGGACGGUUGGCGGGAAGAAGCUUCGAUGCGGCAAGGGAGGCAGUGUGCUACUGCUUCUGUCACUUCUCAUGGUCUGUACAUAAUUGGCGGAGGAGACGAGUUGCACAGUGAAGAUCCUGAAAGUGUUGACAUGAUCGAGACUUUUUCGGACAAUUUCGUCCGAGGACCCGAGCCCCUUCAAAUGAGACAAUCAGUUGGGUCUGCUUCUGUUUCCGUUUACGACAGUAUAUUUUUGCUCGGUGGUUGGUCUCAAAUAACGAAACAGUAUCUCUACGAUGUUCUGGUUUUAUAUCCACAUAAUAAAGAUCAAUGGAAGAAGAUUGGGGUGCUUCAGAGCAAACACUACGGCUUCGGUGCUGUUUUCCAUGGAGGUCUGAUCUACGUUCUUGGCGGACGGGACGAAGGAACAUCUGAUGAAGUGUUUCCCGUCUCGAUCGAGCUUCUUUCCGCAGAAGAGCCACUGAUAAAAACUUCUGCAAUUGAAAUUUCUCAUCCGACAGGUUCAGACCGUUCCUUCCAAGUCAAAUACCACUCUGUCACUGCAUUCAUCCCUUGA